GCUCAAUAGAUCCUACUAAUCUGAUAAAGCGAUAAAGCCCCUUCCAUCUCUCUCCGCACUCCUCUGCUAAUAUUGGACGUCUGCAGCGCUUGGAGGAUCAAUUCCAGCUUCUUUGGGUAUUUUCAAAAGCUCAGUCACCAUGCCGAACGUCUUCGCUGUUCCCGUCUUCUUCAUCUGCUUCCGCGAAUGCCUCGAAACCAGCAUCAUCGUCUCCGUGCUCCUCGCCUUCCUCAAGCAAACUCUCGGCCCCGAGCAUGAUGCUAAAGUCCGCAAGAAGCUCGUCCGCCAGAUCUGGUACGGCGUCGGGCUCGGCGUCCUAAUCUGCCUCAUCAUCUGCGCCGGCGUAAUCGGCAGCUUCUACACUGUGGGCACCAACGCCUUUGAAGCCGCCGAGAAUAUCUGGGAGGGCGUCUUCGCACUCCUCGCCAGCAUCAUUAUCACUUUGAUGGGCGCCGCCCUGCUGCGCGUCAGCAAGCUGCAGGACAAAUGGCGCGUCAAGAUUUCCCGUGUGCUCGAGACGAGGGAGAGCGCGGUGCCGGCCAAGGGGAAGUGGAAGGUGUGGUGCGAGAAAUACGCGAUGUUUAUUCUGCCGUUUAUUACGGUGCUGAGAGAGGGGAUUGAGGCUGUGCUGUUUAUUGCUGGCGUCGGCCUGGGGUUGCCGGCUACCUCUUUCCCACUCGCCGUAAUCUGCGGACUCGGUGCUGGCAUCCUCGUCGGGUACCUCAUCUACAAGGGCGGCAACCGCACGUCGUUGCAGAUCUUCCUUGUCAUCUCAACCUGCUUCCUGUACCUUGUAGCCGCAGGCCUCUUCUCCAAGGGUGUCUGGAACCUUGAGCAGAACGCGUGGGUCAAUCUCGCCGGCGAGGGUGCCGCAGAAGCAGGUGCAGGACCUGGCUCGUAUGAUAUCCGAAAGAGUGUAUGGCAUGUCAACUGCUGCAGCCCCCUCGAGAACGGCGACGGUGGAUGGGGCAUCUUCAACUCGCUCUUCGGCUGGCAAAACAGCGCAACCUACGGCUCCGUUAUCUCGUACAACCUGUACUGGCUGGCCGUCAUUGUCGGAUUCCUCUUCUUGGGUUUCAAGGAGAGGAAAGGGAAUUCGGCUGUUGAGAAAGCAGAUAGCGAGACGGGCAGCGGGGAGAACGUACUUGCAGGAAAGAAGGCGGAGGGUGCUGUUGCGUCUUCGGCUGUGCGCGAAGUUCCAGAGUGAGCGAGAGCUGAAAGAUCCGUAAGCACGGAGAGAGCCUAGAGUCCGUUGGCCUAAGUGCAAGCUCGAGAGACGCGCAAGGGUAGGAGCACGGUAGGUCUGUAGAGCAGUCAAUAGGGAAAAUGAUAUCCUCCAAUGUAUGCAUUCAUGGUA